AGAUAUUGGAUAUUGGAAACUACUUGAUUUGGUUCAAGGUCGAUGGACUCGGAUGAGAAAGUUCUUUCUGAUCUUGAAGCUCAGCUAGAUAAUAUAUUUAUGGUACUUUCUUCGACCAGUUUGCAUGAUUCCGACAUUUCAGAAUCACAACAUGGAUUAAAUGAUAAGCAUAUGGCGUCACUUUUAGACGCUUGCCGACAAAUGGACUCAUGGUUUAUUAAGAAGCGCCUCGCACUAUCAACAUACUGUCCGGAAUAUGCUUUGAAAGAGGAGAUUGAUGCUCUAAAUGCUGAGUGCACAAGAAAAGAAAAGCUUGCUCAGGAAUUAAAAGGAAGAAUAGAAGAUUAUUCGAAGUCUAUCCAGGUUAUUAUAGAUCAGGGCAAUUUUACAUUGGUUUUCAGGAGAACCAAAGAGACUGGACACGUUUUACCAUUACUACAUGAACAGUUCGGCUCAAUCCUGUGGUGCGACCUCACAGGUACCUGAUACCCUGGUGGACCAUUCACACCAUUUCAUAUACACACAAUGGUAUAUAUAUUUCCGAUCAAUGAUCGCGUCAAUCAACAUGCACCGCAAGAACAGGCCAUUUUGACCCAUCCCACGUACACGACUGUCAAACUCAUUAUUAUUAGCAAUGGUGAUAUGUAAUACAGCACCCCGAUGACAAUGGCCCUCGGGAAUGUCGCAAAACAACCACCUAUAUUAGUGAAAUCGGUCACCCUCCUAACCAAUUUUGUAUAUGGACUGUUAACGAUGCUUUCCAAAGCAAAGCCAAGCCAUCCACAAUAUACACAGCGAACCUCUAGUCUCAUAGGAGGAGACCUUCAGCUCUAUAUAGCAGUAUAGCAUAUGAUGUAUACAUAUAUGGCGCAGGAUAGUAGAAGAGGCAGCCCAGCUUGAUGCAAAUAGGCCCGAACACUUCAAUUACCCUUUGUCUCAUGUGAUUUUUUCGCGUUUCCGAAAUUUUCAUUUUUCGACCAUAUGAGAUCUGAGUUAGGGGUAGUAUCCCUAAUGAACAAUUAAAGUAAAGCUUAUAUGUAUGUAUUUUC